GGUUUAGGACAAAAAAAAAUAUUUGUUGUUGAAUGUUGAUUGAAUAAAUUGAGGUUUGCCUUUUUGGACAAAAUUAUAAAUUCUGAUUUAUUGGAGGCGCGUUCGUGUCAAGGAAGUGUUUGUCAAAUGGUGAAUAAAUGUCUAUGAAGCCAAUAAAAAUGCCGUCGGCGACGAAAGACUCAACCAUUUUAAAGAUUGCGGUGGAAAUGCUCAAUGCCCACGACAAGGUGCCACAGUUAAUUGAAUUCGACCAGAGUCAGCCUCUCUCCAGUAUUAUUCAGCUCCUAUGCAAGGCGUGGGGUCUUCCCGAUCCCGUCAACUAUGCUUUACAGUUCUCCGAAAGCAACAAUCAGAAUUACAUCACCGAAAAAAAUCGUAACGAAAUCAAGAACGGUUCAGUUUUGCGACUAGAGCAAUCCCCUGCUAAGACGGUUCAAGACAUACUGGCGAAGAUCAACACGGGCACGGAAGCCGAACAGACUGUUGCGCUAACUAAACUAUCCACCGUUAGCAGCGAUCUCACGUUCGCUCUGGAGUUUAUCAACAAAAAAGGUUUGUCUCUAAUCAUACACAAUAUAGAGUCAGGAAAGUUUAAAGGAGACAGCUUCAAGUAUGCCUUAGUUACGUUUGUCGAACUCAUGGACCACGGUAUAAUAUCUUGGGAUAUCUUACAGAAUCAGUUUAUAAAUAAAGUCGUCAGUUUUGUAAGCAACCAAACAAAUGCACAAGACCCGAAGAUAAUUCAAUCGUGCCUCUCUAUUCUCGAGAAUAUUGUUCUCAAUAGCUCCGGAAAGAAUUCCCAUGUUGAAAAAGAAAUAACAAUACCAAGUCUCAUUUCACAUUUAGAGAAUCAGGAUAUUAUUAUACAACAAAAUGCUAUAGCACUAAUUAAUGCAAUAUUUUCAAAAGCAGACUUGACAAAAAAGAAGGCCAUAUCUGCUACAUUGUGUUCAAAACAGGUCAGAAAUAAGAUUUAUGACAAUCUUAUCACAAAACAUGUAUCAAAAGAAGGCUUGGGAACUGAGCUAGCACAUCAGCUUUAUGUUUUACAAACUUUAAUAUUAGGUUUAUUGGAGACUAAAAUGCGAACGAGAGCGGAUAGCCAAGAACAAGAAUCACAGGAAAAAAUUAAGGAACUCAGAAAGUUUGCUUUUGAAAAUGACAAUAACACCAACAUUGAAGUUACGACCCGACGUCAAACAGGCAGCCUGUCUAAAGACUUCAAAAAGCUUGGUUUCAAAUGUGAAAUUGAUCCUAUUAAAGACUUCAACGAGACACCACCAGGCAUCCUAGCAUUAGAUUGCAUGCUGUACUUUGCUAGAAACCAACGAGAAGAUUACACUAAGAUUGUUUUACGAAACAGCUGUAGGGCAGAUGAGCAGGAAUGUCCAUUCGGUAAAACUAGCGUAGAAUUAGUGAAGCUCUUAUGUGACAUCCUGCAUAUUGGAGAAACACCAAGUGAACAGGGACAGACAUAUCAUCCCCUAUUUUUCACUCAUGAUCAUCCAUUUGAGGAACUUUUUUGCAUUUGUAUAGUAAUACUUAACAAGACAUGGAAAGAAAUGAGAGCUACAACAGAAGAUUUUAUCAAAGUCCUGAGUGUUGUUAGAGAGCAGAUAAUUAGGGCUCUAGCUUCAUCCCCAAAAAGUUUUGAUAAGUUCAAACAAAAGAUCAAAGAAUUGACCUACAAUGAAAUAACACAUUUAUGGCAGCAAGAACGCACUAACAGGGAAGUGUGGGAGUCUCAUGCAAGACCAAUAGUAGAGUUAAAAGAGAAAAUAACCCCUGAAAUUAUUGAUCUCAUCCAGCAGCAAAGACUGGGAGUUUUGGUUGGCGGCACAAGGUUUAAGAAGUAUAUGAAAAUUAAUAGAAAAGACAGAUUUUGGUUUGUUCGAUUAUCACCGAAUCACAAAAUACUGCACUAUGGGGAGUGUGACGAGAAAAGUACACCAAGUUUGGAAGAAUUGGGGACCAAGCUAGCUGUUGCAGAUAUUAAAUGUGUUGUUGUUGGUAAAGAAUGCCCACAUAUGAAGGAUUUGAAAGGAAAAAUAAGCAGUCCACAUUUGGCAUUUUCCCUCAUACUAAAGGCUGCUGAAGUUCCAUCCUUAGACUUUGUAGCACCAGAUGAACAGAUUUUUGAUUAUUGGACAGAUGGAGUCAACGCUUUGUUAAAAGAAAAGAUGACAAGCAAAUCUUUUGAGAAUGAUUUGGAAACUCUGCUCUCUAUGGACAUUAAGGUCAGGUUGCUUGAUGCUGAGGGUAUAGAUAUACCGCAAGAUCCUCCGCAGAUCCCACCAGAACCUGAGGAUUAUGAUUUUUAUUAUGAUAAUAACUAAUCAUACACGUGCCAUAAAUGUAACUUAUAGAAGACAGCAGAAAACAAAUAUACAAAUAUGUAACACAUAUGCCACAACUAACAAAGAACUGAGUAAAACAACAAGUCACCAAUGCAUUAGAAAUAAAAAGGUUAGAUUAAAACAUUGUUGAAUGUUGGAAUUGUGCUGCAGCCAAUAAUUUCACCAGUCUCUUGUACCUUUAUAUAAAUUAAAUAAGGGUACAGUCACAUUAGUAAGCUGAAACAAUUAAUCCUUGGUAACUCUGGCCAAGUAUAUGAAGUGAUUUACUGCCUUGCAAUUUGUAUAGAGUAACUUAAAACAUAAUUAUAUUAACAAGCUGCCUAUGACUUAGUUCACUUCAAUUUGGGAUUAUUACUUUACUAAAGGAACUCUGCUUAGGGGAUGAAUUUAGAAUAACCAGAUGCCCAUGUCAUAACCAUCUGUGUACCAAUCAACACAAUCCAUUCAGUGUAUAGAUCAGUCAUUAAUGGUUGCCUUUUAGAUACUCAUAGACAGAUAUGGAACAGAAUUGUCUUAUGCAGUUAAUUUAAGUAACCAUGUUUUUUCUGUUUCAUUAUCUUUUUAAUUCAGCUCAAAUGUAAUAGAUUUUGCAAUAUGAAUGAAUAAAUGAGAAGCAAACGAAUGAAAUAUUUUGAUAUAUUGCCAAAAUACUCAUAACUAGCUCAAAAAUUGUACCCAAGUGAAACAGUGAUAAGCUAUAGGACCAUUGUAUUCAUUCCGUAUAAAUUUAAUUUCAAUUAUGUAUACCAAUUGUUAUUAAGUAUUUUGUUUAUUAUUAACUUGUUUAAGAACUUGUUUAAGAUUCUGUUAACAGUUAAGUGAUAGUAGAGUUAUAAUUUUUAAUAAUUAUACAUUUAUUAUUAUAAUCAAUUUAAUUUAAAUGUAGUUAUUAUUAUUAUGUGUGUAUUAAAAGGACUGUGUCUUAUUAUCUUUUUACACCAAUGUUAUUGGAACUCCAUUUUAAAGUUGAAUGUUUAUGUUAUUAACAAAAUAGCAAGUUAGACACCAAAGAUGAUAAAUAGAUAAGAUAUCAAUAAUUUUACAAUAUUAAACAAAAUAUAUAUUUCAAA